AUGGCGGACCGCGAGUAUGAGGACACCGAGGGUUCAAUGGACCCCGAAGCACUAUACACAAAGGAAUAUUGCAUUGGCGGGGGAAGUUUCGGCAAGGUUUACAAAGGGGUGGACAAACGGACUGGCCAGUCCGUAGCCAUCAAGGUCAUCGAUAUUGAGAGUGCCGAGGACGAGGUCGAGGACAUUAUCCAGGAAAUCGCCAUUUUGUCCGAGCUGCAGUCGCCUUAUGUUACCAAAUACUACGGUUCCUACGCCAAAGGCGCAGAGCUAUGGAUCGUCAUGGAGUUUUGCUCGGGAGGGAGCUGCGCUGAUCUCAUGAAACCGGGUUUGAUUGGGGAAGAUUACAUUGCCAUCAUCGUGCGCGAGCUGCUGCUGGGCUUGGAAUACCUCCACGCUGAUAAAAAACUUCAUCGUGACAUCAAGGCGGCAAAUAUCCUCCUCUCCUCCAAUGGCCAAGUCAAGCUUGCCGAUUUCGGUGUCUCUGGUCAGCUCUCUGCGACAAUGACGAAAAAGAACACCUUUGUUGGAACGCCAUUCUGGAUGGCACCCGAGGUGAUCAAACAGAGCGGUUAUGACCACAAGGCGGACAUUUGGUCACUGGGCAUUACCGCGUUGGAGCUUGCCAAUGGUGAACCUCCAUAUGCUGACAUCCACCCGAUGAAGGUGCUUUUCUUGAUUCCCAAGAACGCCCCGCCGCGGCUAGAAGGCAACUUCACCAAACCCUUCAAGGAGUUCAUUGAGCUCUGCUUACAGCGCGACCCCAAGGAGCGGCCGUCGGCUAAGGAGAUGCUCAAACAUCCCUUCGUUCGCCGGGCCAAGAAGACAAGUUAUUUGACGGAACUAAUUGAGCGGUACAGCCGGUGGGCGGUCACCCAUAAGCAGGAUGACGAAGACCUUGACGGCGACACCGGCGAUCAGAUUGAGAACCGAGGCCCCGUAAACGAGGAUAUGUGGGAUUUUGGGACCGUACGUUUGGUCAACGAACGCGGCAACAUGGUGCACCGGCCCGGGUUACUCAACCCCAUGGGCGACUCCGCAACUAACGCGAGACCUGCGCGAACAUUUGACGCCCCCGACGGCUACGACGAUAGGCAACGAGAGACGAGCCCGAAUAAGUUUACCUUGGAAAGGGAUACCUUGAAGGGGACCACUAGUGGAGGUACAUCGCGACAGUCAUCCCCCCAAAGGAAGCCAGUCGGUGCGGCGGUUAUCCCGCCCAUAUCGCCUGCAAAGGUCCCGCUGCCUCCCUCCCCCCAGAAGCCCGCCACAGGUCCUGAGACCCCUCGGGUGUCCUUUUCAUCGAAACCAGUACCUCCGAUCCCAUCACCAAACUCCCCAGAUUAUGAUCUUGUGCUUCAGGAGCAACUGCAACGGGAGAUGAGCGUUAUGAACCUCGGCUCCGCAAUACAACACCAGAGCCCUUCUCUCCACUCCACUGCAUCGUCGGCACGGCCCAGCCCUAUGAAGCUUCCAGAAAUUCCCCCGUUCCGAGGGCCCUCACAGCAAUAUCAACAGUCACCAAUUCAACGGAACUCGCCUUACCCCCAACCUCUUCAGACCAAAAACACCGCCCAGCCCCCAAUUUAUCAAUUCCACGCGGCGCAACAACCACCACCGGGCUUCGGCCCCCAUCCCUAUGCUAACCAGCCAAAUUUCCAGCCGCAGCCGCAGAAGCCGUCCUACUCGAGCCAGAACAUCCAACCCCUGAUUUCUAAAGAACUCCCUCGUCCUGCAGGCCAUCUAGAUAGCAGUUCUGGGGCACCGCUCUCCUUCCCAAUCCCGGCGCCGUCUAAUCCCAAUGGGGAGCUGGAUGCCUUAAACGACGUCAUCUUUCCCGCUCUCGAGGAGGCCCUCAAGCGACGACAAAUCAGCUUGCAACAGGCAUAUCGGCCCGAGCAGGCCCCCGGGUCGCCUCCAUUGCCGGUCACGCCAAAGCAGCAGCGGGCCGAGGCGGCCCAUGAUAAGGUUCGCAAGUUGGUGUAUAAGCUUGCUCAUGUGUGCAAGGAAAUCGAUCAUUUUGACAAAGCGGAACCCGUGGGAAUGGGGAAAGAAGUUGGCACGUUCUUAGAGGGGCUUUUGGAGGAAAUCCUGGUGAGAGUCGAACCUUUAGAUGAAGAAGAUGGCAUGGCAUGA